GGAGCCAGUAGAUGACUUUCUCAGGUUGAUGUUUCAGGUCGGUAGAUCAAAGCAGCUUGGGACCUGGUUCUGAUAACGUCAAGUUCUGGUUCGGUCCAACGGUAAUUACUUAACCACAUUUCAACCAAAAACUAUAUAUAAAGUAUCAACAAAUUAAGCAACAUUUUGGUUGAUUUCUGGUUUUUAAGGUUUUUAUAGCAAAGAGGUUUUCUAUCCAUUCAUUUUCCAGAGUUUCUUUAAUUAUUCGUGGACUGUGGAUGCUAACAUUACUAUUAGCUGCUACAUGUUAGCAUUCAGGUGCUAUUUUAGGCUAGUGUAGCUUCUCUGAUAGGCUAACUGCUUUUAGCACAAUUUGAAUACAGCAGAGUUUUCCAGUGUGACUGCAGCUGCUGUCCAGCAGGGGGCGCAGUCACACCGAGCAACUGCAGCAAUUCUGGCUGGUCCAGAGUCACAACAUCAAAUUAUUUCACACACACACACACACACACAUAUGCGGCGGCGGCUGAGGGAGGAGAUAAUAACAGAGUGAAAAAGCCGGAGCUCCGGCGCUCAGUCAGUCUAGAUUGGUCCGUCUCCCGUCUGUCCCUCCAGCAUGGACAGGCUUGGUUCUGGACUGCUGGUCCUCGUCUUCCUGCUGCAUGUCAGCUGCUGCUUCUCAGGUUCUCUCCAUCAGGUUCUGUCAGAGUUCAGCAUCAUUCGUCCAAUCAGAACCGACUCAGAGGGACGGCUCCUGUCAGAGUCAGUCUCUGCCCACCAUUCAUACCGAAGCAAGAGACACGCCCCCUCCAAUAAGGACACGCCCAACAAUUCCCAGGCACAACAGGCCCCGCCCACUUGGAGAUCAUCGUUCAGCCAUUCAUGGAGGGGGAGGAGUCCUAAGGAAGAGGCAGAGCUCUUCUACAACGUGACUGUGUUUGGUCGGCACCUCCACCUGCGGCUGCGUCCAAACUCCCGCCUUAUUGCUCCUACUGCUACCUUGGAGUGGGAGGAGUCAGGAUACCUGCACUCUGAGCCAAUCAGAGAGGAUGACUGCUUCUACACAGGAACAGUGUCAGACCUGGAUGACACGUCUGUGGCAAUCAGCAACUGCGACGGACUGGCAGGGAUGAUCCGGACCGGAGGAGACGAGUUCUUCAUUGAACCGCUGAAAGACGAUGAGGAGGAGGGCGAAGGCGAGCGAAGGCACAUUGUUUAUCACUCUUCAGCCAUCAUCAGGAAACCAUCAGCUGCAAAUCAGACCUCAGAGGACUUCCUGCGAGGGCCGCUGCUAGGACUGCUGAACCCAAACUCAACGCUGGGUCCAAACGGGUCAGGUCGUCGGCGCCGUGACACUUUGGCUGAAAUGUUUCACAUUGAGGUGCUGCUGGCCGUGGAUUACUCCCUGGUUCUCUUCCACGGCCGAGAACACAUCCUGAAAUAUCUCCUCACCUUGAUGAACAUUGUCAAUGAGAUCUACCAGGAUCCCUCUCUGGGGGCCAACAUCAACGUGGUGGUAGCCCGGAUCAUCAUGCUGACCGGAACCAAGUCUCAUGAGCUGAUUGCGGUGGGGAAUCCUCAGAAGAGCCUGGAGAAUGUCUGCGGAUGGUCGUACCUGCAGCAGGUGGAGCAGACCCAGGAGGCGCAGCACGACCACACCAUCUACCUGACCCGCCAGGAGUUCGGUCCCACUGGCAUGCAGGGUUAUGCUCCGGUCACCGGGAUGUGCCAGCUGCACCGGAGCUGCGUCCUGGUUCUAGAAGACGGAUUCUCCUCGGCUUUUGUUGCUGCGCAUGAGACGGGCCACGUGCUGGGCAUGGAGCACGAUGGGGAGAUGAACAACUGCAUGGAUGAUGUCCCUCUAGGCAGCAUCAUGUCUCCCCGGGUCCAGGCCACCUUCUACCGCUACCACUGGUCCAGCUGUAGCUGGAGGGAGCUGCAUCGCUACCUGCACACCUACGACUGUCUCCGUGACGACCCCUUCAGCCACGAGUGGCCCGCCCAGCCGCAGCUACCAGGCUUCCAGUACACCAUGGACCAGCAGUGCCGCUUCGACUUCGGCCCGGGAUUCAGCAUGUGUACCGCUUACACGACCCCUGACCCCUGCAAGCAGCUGUGGUGCAGUGACUACAACAACCCGUUUUUCUGUAAGACCAAGAAAGGUCCGCCGCUGGAUGGGACCAAGUGCGGACCAGGCAAGCACUGCUUCAAAGGCUUCUGCAUCAAGUUGACCCCAAACCUCCUGAAGCAACAUGGAAACUGGGGGCGCUGGAGUCCGUUCGGCAGCUGCUCCCGGACCUGCGGGGGCGGGGUCCGGUUCCGGACCAGACAGUGUGAUAACCCCCCUCCAGCCAACGGAGGGCGCACCUGCUACGGGAACAGCUAUGAGUUCCAGCUGUGCAGCCAGGAGGACUGCCCCCCCCUCACCGACUUCAGGGAGGAUCAGUGUAAAGCCUGGAAUCCAUUCCUGGAGCAUGAAGGAAUGAAGCAUCAUUGGCGUCCAUAUGAGCAUCCUGACCAGGACGAGCGCUGCCGACUGUACUGUCAAUCCAAGGAGACGGGCGCCGUGGUGUCCAUGAACAGAAUGGUGCAUGAUGGGACGCUGUGUUCCUACGACGACGCCUACAGCGUCUGCGUCCGAGGAGAGUGUGAGCAUGUGGGAUGCGACGGCCAGAUCGCCUCGGAUCGGCGGGAGGAUCAGUGUGGAGUCUGUGGCGGAGACGACUCCACCUGUAAGAUCAUUAAGGGGAACUUCACCCGCAGCACCAGGAAGCUAGGUUACCUGAAGAUGCUGGAAAUUCCCAAAGGAGCCAGGCAUCUGGUGAUCCAGGAGUUUAAGGGGAGCCCUCACACCCUGGCCGUGAAGAACCAGGAGACGGAUCAUUUCUUCCUCAACGAUGAACAUGAGAUUCCUGAGAGCCGGGUGGUGAUAGAGAAGGGAGUGGUGUGGCAGUACAACAAGACCGGUGAGCAGGAGGUGCUGCACAGCGACGGGCCGCUGAAGUACGGCGUCAUACUCAUGGUCCGUUCUCACCUGGACUCCAAGGUGACGGUGUCUUACAGCUACAUCAUUCAGGACCACAUCCGGUCCUCUCUGGAAUCUAACCUGGUGCAGGAAGAAGCUGUGGUCUAUGAGUGGGCCCUGAAGAAGUGGUCCCACUGUUCCCUGCCCUGUGGUGGAGGGACGCAGUACACCCGGUUUGGCUGCAGGAGGAAGGCUGACGGGAAAAUGGUGGAGAGGGUCUACUGCUCCAAUGUCAACAAGCCCAGACCCAUCAGCCGCAAGUGCAAUGCCGAGAGCUGCAGAUCUCCACAGUGGGUGACUGGGGACUGGGAGGCCUGCAGCGCCUCCUGUGGGCAGACAGGGUGGCAGCGCCGCUGGGUGAGCUGCCAGCAGGAGUCCAGCAGUGGGAAGCAGCGCCGCUCAGUGAACAGCAAGCUCUGUGGCGACGACCGGCCAGAGGCCAAGCGGACCUGCAACCGGUUCCUCUGCCCCGCUGGUUGGAGGACCGGGCCCUGGACCGCGUGUUCGGUCUCCUGUGGAAACGGGACUCAGGACCGUCAGGUUGCUUGUUUGAAUCCUGAAGGCUCAACUGGAAACUGCAGUGAUCUUCAGCCAAUAGCAGCGCGCCCUUGUCAGGCCCCGCCCUGCAACGGAGAUUCGAAGCACGCCAUCAUCCUCUGGUUGUCCAGGUCCAAUCCCAGCUUCCCGGCUCCACAGACAUCUCCCAGGCAGCGUUGCCGUGGCGACCGCUCCGUCUUCUGCCGGAUGGAGGCGCUUAGUCGGUACUGUUCGAUCCCUGGAUACAGGCAGAUGUGCUGCAAGUUCUGCAGUGAGAGGAACACUAGCAACUCUGAUGGGUUCAGUAACUUCACCAACUCCAGCAACUUCACCAAGUCCAGCAACUUCAUCAAUUCCAGCAACUUCACCAACUCCAGCAACUUCAUCAAUUCCAGCAACUUCACCAACUCCAGCAGCCAGAAUCCCACUGACUCCCCAGUGAACAACAGCAGUUCCUGGGAGUUAACUGAAAUGAUGUCGGUGACCUCGUCUACCUCAUCAGUUGGUGAUGUCAUCAGUGAUGUCACCAGCACACCAACCACUACAAGCAGGAGCAGCACCGACUUUCUCUAUGUGGACUACGACUACGAGUUUCAAACGUACGUUGACACGCCUGUUGCUCCAGCCACCACAGCUACCGCAAUUACUGCGGUUACCAUGGUUACCACGGUUGCCUCCACAGCUGGGACUAUAACAGCGCGGCCAAUAGAAACCACUCCAGUGCAUCUGCUGAGCAGGAAAACUGCCCCGGUCUCCGUGGUUACGGUUGAUCAGAACCAGACAGCGCCACCAAUCAGAACCUCCGAACAUACUGCCCCAGCAACAGGGGCGCUGGUGCCGGCCUCCAGGGAGAAGAACUCGGUGGAUGAGGUCCAGUACCGGGUGGUUGGAGCAGAUGAUACCACCAGAGACCAGCAGAACCUCUUCGUUUCCCGCAUGCUGCCUUUCCACGAACGUACUCAGAACCAGCGCAUCCAGCAGCUUCUGAAGGAGAGACAGCUGCAGAACCUUCAGAGGCUGGAAGACCGGACCAGGGCGAGGCGGAACCUCCUAGUCCGGCAGAACCGGACCAUGGCAAAGCGGAGGGACUGACCCGGUUCUAUUGGGCUUAAUAUCAGUCAAUGAGAAACAGAAACUGACAGAAACUCCUCCAUCUUUGUUUCUCUGAGCUUAAAGCAAAGUUACUCUAUCAGGCAUGAACAACCAGAACCGGGGCACAGAACGCUCUGGUUCUGUUGGGUUCUAUACUCAUGCUGUCUGUACCAACUAAUCCUGUCUUAAUAAAGCAAAGUCUCUUCCAG